CUUCCCUCUUCGUCUUUCGUUCUCUAAAGCCUCCCUUUCUUUUAUUUGCCACACCUUAUCCUCUUCUACUUCUUUUUCUCCCCUUCUGUUUUGGUUGGCUGAUGGGGAGUCUGGAGAGGAGCCCAUCCGAGCUGGACCUCACCAUUGGUGUCCCUGGUUCGAGCUCUUCUUCUUAUUCACCAGUUUGGUCUGCAGGAGGUGGUGGCAACAUGAGGGACCUGGACAUAAACCAGCCAGCUUAUGGCGGAGAGGAGGAGUACCCCAUGGGAAGCAUAGAAGAAGAGGAAGAGGAGGGCGGGACUCCCAGGCCCAAGAAACUCCGGCUCUCCAAGGAGCAGUCGAGGCUACUGGAAGAGAGCUUUAGGCAGCAUCACACCUUGAACCCUAAGCAGAAGGAAGCGUUGGCGAUGAAGCUGAAACUGAGGCCCCGCCAGGUGGAGGUGUGGUUUCAGAACCGCAGGGCCAGGACGAAGCUGAAGCAGACGGAGAUGGAGUGCGAGUACCUGAAGCGGUGUUUCGGAUCGCUGACGGAGGAGAACCGACGGCUGCAGCGGGAGGUGGAGGAGCUGCGGGCGCUGCGAGUGGCCCCACCUACCGUGCUCUCCCCCCACACCCGCCAGCCGGUGCCGGCCUCGUCCUUGACCAUGUGCCCCAGGUGCGAGCGGGUGACCGCAGCGCCACACCUUGCGCCAUCGUCGGCAGGGGGCCACCCGUUCCGCCGCCCCGGCGCCCUGCCGGUCGCCGGAAUCGCGGAUGGCUGACAAGAUCGUGUGGGAUAAGGUUUAUACAUGAGAGAAGAUCGAGCAGGUGUUUUCCUUCUCAGCAUGUCAACGUUGCUCGGUUUGUUGUGUCUAAGAUUCAUGGAUCAAAGAUUACCUGCAGAUGUAUUCUACUAGUCAUUCUCUCCAUGUCCAUUUCAUGUGCUAACAGAUAAUGGUAGAACAAGAAGAAUUCAUCCCCCACUGCUUUCCUGGAAGCCAUAAGACAAUAAUGAGUUGCUUCUACAAGAACUCAUCCUGGAAUGCAACCUUUUCAUCGACAA